AUGGCUCGAUUGAACGAUCUACCGACAACUUUGGACUCCGUCGAGUCCUUAAAACGGCGAUUUAUCAGACAAAACCGUGAGAUUGCCCGAGCAAAUUCAGUACAGUCCAUUCGCAUAAGAACCCUUGAGGCGGAGGUAUCGCAUCUCCUAGCCGAAAAUAUCACACUGCGAGAAGGGAUUAUCUCCGCAAAUAACGAGCUUGAACAAUAUCGGUCAGGGACGCACUUUGAAAAGCGCAUAAAUUCUCUGCGAGAAAGAUUUGAAUCCGGCUUAGGGGAAUUGUCGGCUCUCGUUAAGAAUCUCAACAAGUUACCAUCCCAGUUUUGUGAAAAUAGUGCACCUGCUUUGAAGGGGGACCCACCGGAAAAGGAAGAGGAAACAAAACGAAUUACGCCUAGAAACCGCUUGCGACUAUCUGAAGACAACGCCCUGUUAGACGAUGGCAGCUAUAUGCCCGCAAUUCCCGAAGAUAGAGCAUAUGCUCCAGAAGUCAACGAAGAGGCAGAGGAAGAAGAGGAAAGGCCGCAGAGAGACGAUGUCGUUGAAGAAUUUCGACCUAUAGAUAACGUUGAGGUACCGGAAACGGGGUCCGAAGUUGAUGCCCGUACAAGGGACCAGGAGGAGCCGCAUCUGCCAUGCGCUACAAACGAGAACUCAGUAGCAGAUGUCUUACGGAAAGUCCGACCAAUAAAUACCCGGCCAAAACGAAGAGAUAGUUCUCUGGUUCAGACUUUGAUAUCAAAGAAAGAUGUUGAUACCGACAGUGAUGUAGCAGUUCUUACGGUUGCUGGUUCUAAACGGAAACUUGAGGCCCAGGACUUUGAAAACCUUCCACAGGCUAAGCAACAAAAAGAUGAAUUCCAAUACACCUUGACGAAGAAGGCCCCAAACAAACUACCCGACGACAUUGGAACCGGUGCUGAAAACGAACCGGGGGUCAUGUCUGUGAGCAAGGAGGGUAUCAGGAGUUGCACGGGACCGGCAAAGUCUCGAAAGGCUCUUGAACCUAAAAACGUGAAUUUAAAUCCAAAGUCAACAAUGAAAAAGGUGGCUCAUGAUAACUUGGCUUCUGAGAAACGAAAGGCCUCUGGACGGAGAAAAACCGAGGGAGGCCGCAAUCCUCGUCGCAGGGCUUCUGAUCUCCUGACAAAUGCGAAAACUGAGGUUAUUGUUAGCGAGGAUGCGCCUCCUUUAAAUAAACCCAUCGAGAUCACUCUGGAUGACCAGAGCCAAGAUACUGUACCCUCGGAGAUAUUUAUUGACAGUACGGAUGGCCACGACAACCAUUUGUAUUCUGAAUUUCAAUCAACAAGCACCAUAGAAGGGCAAGCUCAGCGAUCAAGGCCUUCGAGACGCUCGCGUGGGCCAGUAAACUAUGCUGAGCCUAGUCUAAGAGGCAAGAUGAGACGCCCUACUGAAGACCUGGUGGAUGCGGUAGCAGACCAUACAAUCAAGCGGCUUUCGAGGUCAUAUAACGACCAUAUUGACGCAAUUGAGACUGGAUUACCUGCUAAGUCGAGUAUCGCAAAAAAUGUGACCAAAAUGGAUGACCGAGAUGGCUGCGAGGAUAAGGAUCUUGAAGAAGUGAUCGAGGAGAGCAGCUACUCUAGCGAAAAUGAUACAGAUACGGAUGGGACAUGGUCUAAUCGGGGCCAAAGAGCUAGAUCUAUGAGAGCACCCACCCCAGACCCAACUACCAGGCCAGUGAGACAUUCUCGCAGGAAUUCGUCACACCCGAAUUACAGGCUGGAAACGAAUCCGAUGGCACAUAUACCAGCAUAG